AUGUCCCAGCCUCGAAGCCACCCAUCUCGCAAUCCCAGUCGGACCGCCAUCGACCUCACCCUUGAUAGCGAUUCCUCUACUGAUUACGACUCACUCCAUCAGCCCUCAUAUUCCAGUCGACGGCAGAGCAGACAUGUCUCCCGCUCGGAGAGGGGAAGUCGAGCCCCUCCCUUCAUUCAAAACACACGCGAAGAAACCCACGAGGUGAUAGAUCUGUCAGAUGAUUCGGACUUUCAGAUACAGGAAUUUGCCCCGACUGCCGACCGCCGACCCACACCUUUUCAACAAUCGUCGAGUCCUGAGGUUGAAAUUGUCCAUGAGAGACCCGUCCCGGGAGGCUCCCGACGUGUCAGCCCGGAGCGACGACAGAGACCAGGGAGACUUCCCGCUCUCUCUCCGCCCAUACCCUUCCCAUCUCCUCCUCCGAUGGAACGAGGUCCAUUUGGCUAUUUUCCCGAGAUCAUCCGGAGAUCGACUCAGUUUGUGCUUGGAAAUAUGUCUACUCCGUGGCAAGUGCCACAAGACCAUAGGGAGCAAUUGCGGCAAAUCAACGAGCAGGCUCGUCAGCGCCAUGAAUUCCGAGACGACGUCAUCAUCAAUUUCGAUUACCGCCAGCCCGCCUUCGCCCUAGGAGGACUUGAAAUGUAUGAGCGCAAUUCAGAGACUCCUCAGGUAGUACAAGAGCCAUACAAGGCUCCAACUCCCGCUAAAGAAGGAUUUAUCAGGACUUUCGCCGAGGACUCGGUGGUGUUGUGUCCUAUGUGUGAUGACGAGCUGGCCACCGGGGGCAACGAUACCAAGCAACAAGUGUGGGUAGUCAAGGGCUGUGGCCAUGUGUACUGUGGGGAUUGUGCCACCAAUCGCCACGUUUCAAAAUCGAAGAAAGACAAGAAAGCUGCAUCUCUGAAAUCAAUCCCUUUCAAGAUAUGUGCAGUUGAGGGGUGCGACACCAAAGUUGGACACAAAACUGCAAUGUUCCCUGUUUAUCUAUGA